CCUUCGCGACGCCACCCAGCGGCCAAGCCCAGACGCCGGCUGUCAGCCCGCAGUGCCUUUGAACGGCGGCGGGAGGAGAUGGCGAGCUUGGGGCGCCUCCUGUGCGUGCUGGGCCUGCUCCUUUGCGGGCUGGCGAACUUCCAACUGACCACUUCCCGCAGCCUGUCUUCCAAGAAACCUAUUAUCGGAGUAUUAAUGCAAAAGUGCCAUAAUAAACUCAUGAGAAACAUGGGGAAAUACUAUAUCGCUGCAUCCUAUGUGAAGUACUUGGAGUCUGCAGGUGCGAGGGUCGUGCCAGUAAGGCUCGAUCUUACAGAUAAAGAGUAUGAGAAGCUUUUUCAGUCUAUUAAUGGGAUCCUUUUCCCUGGAGGAAGUGUUAACCUCAGGAAGUCGGGUUAUUCUCAUGUAGCCAAAAUAUUUUACAGAUUCGCCAAAGAGAGUUUCGAUGAAGGAGACUAUUUUCCUGUGUGGGGCACAUGCCUUGGAUUUGAAGAGCUUUCAUAUCUGGUUAGUGGAGAGUUUUUAUUAACUCACACAAAGACUGUUGGAAUCAAGAUGCCUUUGAACUUCACUGCAGAUGCAUUACAGAGCAGAAUGUUUGAGAAUUUUCCUGCUGAAUUGCUGUUAUCAUUGGCAGUGGAGCAUUUGACUGCAAAUUUCCACAGGUGGAGCCUGUCUCUGAAGAAUUUUACAGCGAAUACAAAGCUAAAGAAGUUUUUCACUGUAUUAACAACAAAUACAGAUGGUGAAACAGAAUUUAUCUCAACAAUGGAAGGAUACAAGUACCCAGUAUAUGGCGUCCAGUGGCACCCAGAGAAAGCACCUUAUGAAUGGGGGAAGUUUAAAGGCAUUUCCCACGCGCCUAGUGCUGUGAAGGCUGCAUUUUAUUUAGCACAGUUCUUUGUUACUGAAGCUCGAAGAAACAGUCAUCAUUUUCAAUCUGAGACUGAAGAGGAUAAAGCACUGAUUUAUCACUUUAAUCCAGUUUAUACUGGCAAUAUCUCUUCAUUUCAACAGUGUUAUAUUUUUGAGUGAAAGCCUUCAAUGUGUUGACAGAGGAAGUUUGAAUAAUUCUGUAAUUAAAGUUAUAAUGAUUUGCCACUCCUGGCAAUAAUAGAAAGUCACAGAGAUUCCAUUUUUAUGAUGUUCCUGGCUCUGAUUUGUAAUUCAGUAUAUUUGACUAUGUCCCAUUUGAUUAUGUAUGAUAAAUAAUAACAUUGUAUAUUUCAUGGAAAAGCUUUCUUUUACCUGAGAUUAAAAAUGAAUUUAUUGAAAAUACAAAAAAUUUUGUUACUUUUCUAAUUGGUUGAUUAUAAAAUAAACACCACCCUCUUGUUACCUA